UCCGCUUCUACUCGUUGGAACGAUUCGCGGGUGAAGCCGAACGAGAGCCCUUCCUGCCUCUCGCUGUGUGCACGUCGCCCCCUCACCAUCGCCUAGCAACAGCAUCUGUCUCUCUCUCUGUCUGUGUGUGUGGGCUCUGAGCGUGUUGGCUCAGCGGCCGGCACCGUGGAGGACCCGCCUCUCUCUCGAAGUUGACCUCCUACUCCUUCAAACGAGACGACCUACUUCGCAGACCUCCCGUCUCUCUUUCGUUCAGCCACCACCAACCCCCCACCCACCUACAUACAGAUAGACUUUUAGAGGACGAUCGAGAUGGCCCCCGCUCAAGCCCCCUCUACCUUCAAGCGUUUCGUCGAGGUCGGACGUGUCGUUUUGGUCAACGACGGACCUUCGGCCGGCAAGCUCGCCGUCAUCGCCGAGAUCAUCGACCACAACAGGGCCUUGAUUGACGGACCCAACUCUUCGGUUCCCCGACAAGCCAUCGCUUACCGACACCUCAUCCUCACCCCCUACACCAUCCCCGCCCUCCCCCGUGCUGCCGGUACCGGUGUCAUCAGGAAGGCUUUCGAAAAGUCUCAGGUCGGAGACAAGUGGCAGGCUUCGUCGUGGGCCAAGAAGCUCGCCGCUCGGGACGCCAGGAAGAAGAGCACCGACUUCGAGAGGUUCGAGGUCGGUCUCCUGAAGAGGCAGAGGAGGGAUCUCGUCCGCAAGGCUUACGCCAAGGAGAAGAAGGCUUCCGCUUAAACGCGAGAUGUCGUGGAUUUUCUUUUUGGCCGUACCGAGUUGUGAUGGAGAAGGGAUGCACUGUACGAGAGACGACCGGGAUGGAGAGGGAGAAGGAGCAGGGAGAUGAGACGCUGUCAAGGGACGUUUUGCAGGCGUCUGUUAUCCUACUCUUCGCCCUCUUGUUUUUUCUUUGCGGCGGUUCCUAUGACCGUUUGCGGGAUGGCUGGGGGAAUACCAUAACAAUCAAUAUGUUUCCCCUCUCGA